AUGGAGACACCUGGAGAAGCGUGCAAGUGGCUGAUAUACUUAUUGUUAUGCAUCGCGGCCGACGCCUUGGACACGAUCUUGUCCGUUGUUGCUUCAAACAGCAGGCCCAAACCGCAUGUACUCCCUUCAGAUGUAGACGAACUGAGUGACAACCAGAUUCUCGAGCUCACGCAAAAGGCAUCGAAACUUCAUUCAAGUUCUGCCAUCUUCCGGAUAACGCCACACACAGUGGCGAAAGCAUCGCAGGACCUCGAUGAAGAUGCUGCUGAUGCGUCGGAAGCAAAUGCCCUCACACUCGUGUUCGCAAAGACGAAGAUCCCCGUUCCGCGAGUUCGUCGCGUCGUAAAGCGGAAGUGGGAUCACCUCAUUGUCAUGGAUUAUGUCAGGGGUUCAACUCUGGCUGAAAUCUGGUCAAAUUUAUCCAUACGGAAGAAGAUCUGUGUCGCUUUCAUCUUGCGCCGCUAUGUCCGUCAGCUACAUUGUCUGAAGGCAUCUCCUACCACGCCUCCAGGACCGCUCAGUGUGCAAGGACCACGGAUUUGUGAAUCGCCCAUUUUUGGUCAGGUCCGAUCGCACCGUGGACCAUUCGCAUCGUACGCGGAGCUAUCGGCCUUCUUCAAAAAACGGUGCAAAAUGACAUUGGACUCGAACCAAGUUCCUGAAGACGAUCCGUCGAGGAAAGAGUCAUUCGAUGAUUCCUCACCACUCGUUCUUACACACCAAGAUAUCAAUCCUCGGAACAUCAUCGCAGGCGAAGAUGGUCGACUUUGGAUGAUCGACUGGGCAUGGGCAGGAUACUAUCCACCUUGGUUCGAGUAUGUAGCAAUGCAGAGACAGAAGAAGAACGAGGAAUAUAUUGGAUUCAAGGAUCAUUUCUGGGAGAAUUUGAUUCCUUUUGUCUGUGGACCAUACUUCAGACAGGAAAAGUGGCUGUUGAGGAUGUCGCGAGGGCUGUACUUUAAAUAA